AUGAAAUGUAUCUAUAUUGCUAAUGUUGUGAUCUUUAUGGCUGGUGCUGCUGUAGCUGGUGCAGCGUCCGAUCUCCCUGCGGUCAUAGUUGGCCGGAUCGUCAUGGGUGUCGGUGGUGCUGUUUUCGGUCUUUUGAGCGCAAUAUGGGCCGUGGGUCUCGUUCUUGGAUGUCCUAUAUGGUUCGCUCUCGCCUCGAAUAGUCACAUCACCUAG